CCCUUGUCUCUUUCUCCUCUCACCAGCUGCCAAUUGCAUUGACAAUGUCAGCCGCGAGCCCCGGGGAGAAGAAAAGCGGCUUUCGAGCCUUUUUCGCUCACGCUCUUCGGCCCAAGAAAUCCCGCCAAGUCCUUCGCAAGGGCUCUAGCGCAUCCACGCCGGACCUGCGAGCCGCAGCAAGCUUGCACCGACCCAGCACCACGAGCGAAGAUGUGCCUCCACUGCCCUCUUUGGCACCAUUGGAAGCUCACCGGCUGAAAUAUCGCGAACUCAACGCCAACAAAGACUCGCAGCUCGGCGAGAGCCAAGACCACACCGCCAUCCUCCACACCAUCGGCGACCAGGACUUCAACCGAUAUGACCCCAAUGGCCCCGACAGCGAGUACGACACUCGACCCCCCGGCGAGCCGCAGAUCGCCAGCCUGCCCUCGCAGCUUUGGGUUCAUAUCGCAACCGGCUACCUUACCCCCGCCGACACAGCCAGCCUCGCCUUCUCAAACAAAACCCUCCACCUCCGCCUCCAACCCCUCGACCCAUUCCACGCCCUCUCCCUCCCCGAAAACCACACCCAGCGCAUCAACUUCCUGACCACCCAAGACCGCCACCUGCCCUACCACCUCCUCUGCAUUCCCUGCGCACGCUUCCACCUCCGCACGCAACCAGGCCACGAGAAGCUCCAACCCGCCGACACGCUCAACCCGCUCUUCAACUGCCCGGAAGCUCGCAACCCGUCCAACCCCCCACCACGCCACCGCAUCACCCACAACCGCGCCCUCCCCUACACCUUCGUCCAACUCGCACUGCGCGCGCACCGCUUCACCCCGCAGCACGGCAUCCCGUACACGACGCUCUCGCGCCGCUGGCGCCGCACGGACUGGUCGCACCAAACCCGCUUCCAGAUCCACAACAACCACCUCCUGAUGCGGGUGACGUCCACGCGCUUCGCAGACCCAGGACUCCCGCCGUCCUCCGUGCGCCUCCUCCUCUACAGCCGCGAAGACUACGUGCCCUACUUCUCGGUCUGCGCACACUGGCGCGACGGCAACCUAAUGGCCGCCUGCAAAUGCGCCCUCACCCACAUCCCCGUGCCCCGCGAGACCACCGCCCUGCAAGGGCUCGAGCACCGCGCCAAGGACGUCCUUCACCGCCGCGCCUACAACCCCAACGCCCUGACCACCCUGUGCGGCAAGUGCCGCCCCAUGCGCCGCUGCCCCGAGUGCCCAUCCGAGUACCUCAUCGAGGUCAAGCUGACCGAGGACCGCUCCGACGGCCUGCAGAAUAUGCGCUUCCGGCAUGCGAUCGUGGUCACCCGCUGGUGUGAUCUCGGUAAUGGUACCGCGCCGUCCGUGUCGCCUGAGUGGGCGGCUUGCUGUGGGCUCGAGGGGUCUCAGUACGAUUCCUUCGAGGAGAUGGGCAAGCGCUCUAUCUCGGGCGUCUUUGAGAGUAUGAUUACGGAUGAUACGUUGCCUGGGCAGCGGGUUGUGUCGAUGAAUCCCUCCGGCAAGAAGGAGGGCGAGGAAGGGAAUUCGUGGUAUUGAUUUUGAGCUUUGUUCGGGGUGUUGGCUGUCGGAGGCCAUUGUCUCGAUCCGGUCGGUGUUGUUGGCUUCUCUGUCUGGUCUAGGUUGGGCAUGUUUGGAGUAUUAAUGGUGGCUAUGGAGUUGGUCUGGGGUGGUUCGGUUGGGUUGAUUUAUACGGACGGCAAGGUUAUAUUAUAUAGUUUGCAGAUCUGAUCUAGGUCUAAGUAAAAUUGAUAAUCCCAUAGCAAGAGCC